CAACAGUUGACGAACCUCGUGAUUUUUAAGCAAAAUGAGGUUCCCUACCGGCUACAUUAUUUGUGCCGCAAUCGGCUUCGGGCUCCUAGGAGCUGCCAAAGGGCUGGACGAGGGUCUCAUCGCUAUUACCGUGAACCUGCCGUCAUUUGUUCGUGAAUAUGGUCUUGACGCAAGUGACCUGAGUGCCGCCGCCAAGGCAAAUCGAUUGUCGAACAUUACCUCGAUGGUUCAUCUAGGGAGCUUGCCUGCGGCCUUUCUCGCCUUCUUGCUGAGUGACUUUAUCGGACCACUCUGGACAAUGAGGCAGCUAUGCUUGCUCUGGAUUAUCGGUGCGAUCAUUGUCAUCACAUCGGUAGGAAACUACAGUCAGCUCAUUGGUGGUCGCUUUAUCAUGGGAUUGGGGAUGGGACAGGCCGGUAUCAUCGGCCCCAUUUACCUCGCGGAAGUGGCACCCACAGCUUGGCGAGGACUACUCGUUGGAAUCUAUGCAUCGUCCGAGUAUAUUGGAAUCCUGAUCGGAUAUUUUGCAGGGUAUGGCGCCUCUCUCCACCUAUCCGACUACAGCGACCAACAAUGGAUCAUCCCCCAAUCCUGUCAGAUCAUGUUGGCUGGCGUCCUGUUGCUCUUCUCGGUUGGUUGUGUCGAAAGCCCUCGGUAUCUGUGCAAAGCCAACCGCACCGACCAAGCCGCCCGUGCUCUGGGGCGGCUGCGCCGACUCCCCUCGGAUAGUCCUAGCAUCGUGGAAGAGGUACGGGAAAUCCAGAGGCAGGCAGCCGCCGUACAGUCGAAAGAGGGGCGAAGGUCACUACAACUACUGGAGCCGUGGAAGCUGCUGUUCGGACAGGCUGCCAAUAGAUACCGACUCUUAUUCCUGCUCUCCGCGCAACUGCUCAGUCAGUGGUCAGGAACGAACGCCAUCACCACCUACGCUCCCAAAUUCUUCUCCCUGCUCGGAGUAACCGGCCAGUCCGAAAAGCUCCUGAAAACCGCCAUUUUCGGCGCCGUGAAACUCGCCGCGGCGCUAAUAUGCGCCAUCUUCUUCAUUGAUCAGAUCGGGCGGAAGCGGUCGCUCAUGUCCGGAAUUACUCUACAGCUCCUUGCUCUCCUCUACAUUGCCAUCUUCCUCACUGUGACAUCCUCGCUGAGUGUGGACACUCACUCAGGGGCUGCCCACCGAGCAGCCAUUGCCGCGAUCGCGUCUAUCUACGUGACCGGCAUCGGAUACGCCUUUGGCUGGAACUCGGUACAGUAUCUGAUCAAUGCGGAGAUGCUUCCAUCAUCAGUGCGUACCCUCGGCACGAGCAUACUGAUGUGUAUUCAUUAUGCGAAUCGGUUCGCGCUUACCAAGGCGGUCCCCACCAUGAUGCUAGCCGAUGCCCUCCAACCCAAGGGCACAUUCUGGUUCUUCUUCGUGGUCGCGUUUCUGGGAUUUUUGUGGGGAAUGUUUCUCCUGCCGGAGACGUCGAGGAAGAAUCUGGAGGAAACGAGCGAGAUGAUUAGAUGAGAACUAUCGUGAUAUUGUUAAGGCUCUCUCAGGAUGAGGUUCCUUUCGUCCGAUACUUGGCCAGCCCCGCCCCGAGCUAUGUUCUCUUCUGCAGUCCAUCGCGAUUCCGUGGGGAAGCAACUUGAAAAAGUUUUGCAUUUAUUUCUAUAUAUGCAACUAUACAGACUUGAUUUUCUAGAAUCAACGUAACCUUCCCUAUUUGGAUGGGGCCACUUUAAUGAGGGCGCUCAGGGAGUCGCUUACUGAGUAUUUCUCAUCACUGGUCAAGGCUCUGUGAGCACUCAGUAUCUAUUCAGGAUAGGAUUAGUUAUUAAUC